GUUGAAACGAAAGGGCGGGUACAUUUCAAAAAGGACCUAACGUUUAAACCUUGCCGUGUGGAUGGACUGAGGAGUUACAUAGGCGGUCAUUUCAGUAAUUUAUCAGCUGCCACGUUCGGCGCAUCUUGCUCUCUCUGACAAAUCAACUAGUCUUUCAUGAUGAAAAAAUUCAGCAGAAAGGAUUUCAAACAGUGUGAACUAAAGCCAGUCGAAAAGGAAUUAUCGAAACCCUUGCCAGGAGUCCCUAUUCAUUUUAACUAUGGAGUGUUUUUUGAUGAUGGGUACGACUACAUGCAACAUCUCAAAUCUGCUGAUAAUAAAGAGGCCUACACUAUAUCUGUAAUACCUGAAGAUUGUGUCAGCAAUGCUUCUAGUCAUUCUGACUCAUCUGGAAUACGUGAACCUGAAGUUGAUUACGAUGAACAUAUUAUAAAUGACCUUAAUAUGGAUUCAGAAGCAGAGUCUUUCGACACGGAAAGUGAAUUAGAGGAUAACUUUGUCGAGCUUGCAGGUGGUCACAGUGUAAAAUCUUCAGAAACCGAUAGUGAUGAUGCUAAAAUGGCUGGGGACAGCAAUCCAUUGAAUGCAAAGGCAACAGAAACAGAUAUCUCAAGGGUUUCUAAAGAUAAAGUCGCGCUCAUGGAACGUUUUCUUUACGGUGCCAACGAAAAUUCAGAUAUCACAAUUUCGAGCUCCGGGCAAUUUACCAAGGGUUACGGAAUCGAUGACUACCCAGAUGACUCAACCUCCUUGAAUAAAGAGUUCGAAAAGUUAAUGUUACGAUACAAAUCCCGGUCAAGUUGCAGUCAGUCUUUAGUCUCUGGAACGUCAGUGAUGAGCGAAGGCUUGAAAUAUGCUCUUGGUCGUGACAUAGCAAUUGCUAAGGGGGGAGUAAAACAAGAUCAUACGGAUUUUGAUGAUGAUCUAAAAGCCAUAACAAUAGAAAAAUGUUUCGAAUUGAAUGGAGUGGAUCAAGACGAAGACAGUGGAAGCAAUUCCACAUAUGACGGAGAAAACACUGAACAAAUGACCAUUUCAUGUCCUAACAACGCAUUUUCGUGAUGCAAACAGUAUCAAAAAAGCGUUUUAUUUUAAGAAAAUACACUACUUAUGUAUAUGAGUUGGUGGGUUAACAUUUAUUAGCGCUGAUAUAACAUUUUGAAAAACUGCCAGGUGUAGGACGAAUAUCACCGAUUCAACUGCAUGAUGAUCGUGAAUUGACCGAAGUUGGGAAUGUAGGUCACUGAGUGCCGAAAAGUUAGAAGGUCUUGAGUUAGAUAUUUUGUGUUAUCGUGGAUACCCACUGCUGUGGAGUCCUAUAAUAAAACUAAACAAAUGUUCAAUGCUUUCUGGUUACCUAACUGAAAUGAUACAAAGUAUAAAUUCAACAAUCUCCACACUGUCACUAUGCAAAAGUAUAGUAAAAAGGUUAAUUAAGACAUAGUAGACAUUGUGUCUCAUUUAUGGUUUUAUCUCAUGAAUGUACAUAUUGAUUCAUGGUUUAAUAAAUUGACCUUUAGUCCUCAGGGUUUUGAUUCGAUUAACAUCUAAUAUAUCCACCUAAUCAAAUAAUUCCUGAUAAAGUAAGCCACCGAAACACCAGAAUUAAAGCUAUAAUACCGUGAAUAAAAUAAAGGAGAGAAAAGUAGCAAAUCAAUAAUUGGUAUCGUUGCACAAAAUACGGUGUCAUUAGUUUAGUCAGGUUCCACUCCAGGUAACAGAUCUAGACUCCCACCACCCACUCUGUUUGCAGAAUUUCACCAGCUGCAAAGUUGGGGAAUGAUAAGACUAAGAAACUGCUUAACCCUACUGCUGGAAUGGAAAAGUAGAGAGAUGUGGUGUAUCCUCUCAGUCUGCCUGAGUUGUCUAUGUAAAAAACUUUCAAGAUGUUAAUUAACUUCUUAAGACACUUCUUCAACAGGUGGUCUUAGAACACAAUCCUACCCGACUGACUGAAGACGGCCUUGAUAUCGAGAAACAGCGAUUAAUAGCUUCCGCUAUUCCCAUCUAAUUUUGUCGUCGAUGUUCUAGAAAUGGCAUUCUCAAACAACUUAUCAGGACUUGGUCUCCUACCAGGUUUGUUUAUCGACAUCGAAUGCGCAGAUGAUAGUCUUAUUUGAU